AUGGACCUCAGACCUAAAGGAAAUCGAUCGAAAAUGUGGAGCAUUGACAACAGGAACACUAUUGAUUUCCUGUCUAGACCGACUAACGGCGGCAUCGUGAAUCGGUUGAAGCUGAAGAUCGUUGGUCUUAUUAAAGGCACGGAGUAUCUCAUAGAGUUACCAUUGUGGUUAUAUGUGAUGAUGAUGAUGUCCAUAGCAAUUAUAGGAGCAUCUGCAUUCAAUGCCCUCUUCGGUUGGAUUGCUUACCGUACGACUGCUGACACUGCGGGAGUCUGGGUGUGGCCGAACUCCAUCGCAUUUGAUUUGUGUAUCACGUCAUUGCUGUCGUUUGGCAUCACGUGGAUGCUGUCACCGACGGCGGCGAUGCGAGAUAUAGUGAUGCGGUCGCCCUUGGCAAUUGACCCCAAGACAUUCCCAUCGAUCACUCAAAGCGCUAUGGAGGCAGUUGAGAAUGGCACUGGUCGGAGGAAUUCUACUGACGAUAUUUCUGUCGAUCCCCGUGGCAUGUUUGAUGAUGAUACCUCCAACUCCAUGGACGAUACCAAGACUGGUAAGUCGAUUCUGAGAUGUUGCAAGGCGUAG